UCUAAUGAUAUUUUAAACUGGACGGCUGCGGGGAGCUACUCUGUUAAAGUACGUUACAAGCUUCCAGAGAACCUUUCAUUCACCGAGGACCAGCUGGGAGAUGGAAUAGGGUAUAACUUCUCGGUGUACAAAUCAAGCUGUUUGUAUCAUGACCCAGAAACCAAAGUUUGGAGAACAGACGGUGUCAAGGUGGGACCGAAAUCAAGUUUCACCCACACAGAAUGUCUCACCACCCACUUGACAACUUUCGGGUGCAGCUUCUUUGUUGCACCAAACGCGAUUGACUUUAAGAACCUUAGUACUAAGCAGUUGUUCGAUAGCCCACACGCCCUCAUUGCAGUCUGUACUAUCCUUGGUCUUUAUCUGUUGUCUCUCAUUCCGGCAAGAAAAGCUGACAAGAACGACGCACUCAAGACCGGAGUAACUCCACUGCCUGAUAACGAUUCUCGAGAUACGUAUUGCUACGAGAUUCAAAUCCAUACGGGAUUUGUUCGCGGGGCCGGAUCAAGUGCAGAGGUAUCCAUUGUAAUUACUGGCGCUCUGGGAGACAGUGAGCCAAGAGUAAUGAAAGAUCCUAAAAGAAAGACGUUUAAAACAGGGGCUGUCGAUGCUUUUCUCUUAACUGUUCCCCAGUCUCUUGGAAACUUGAAACAGAUUCGAGUGUGGCACAAUAACGGUGGAACCUAUCCAUCGUGGAAUCUUCUGCGAAUCAUGAUCCAAGACAUACAAACUGAUCAGAGAUGGUGGUUUGUUUGUGACGACUGGUUGGCGGUUGAGGAAGGUGACGGGAAAAUUGAAAAGACCCUUUCCCCUGCGUCCAAGGAAGAACUGACAAAAUUCAACGUACUUUUCACCUCUGAAGUGAGGAAGAAUCUCACUGAUGGCCAUAUUUGGUUUUCGGUUGUUGCUCGGCCACCAAGAAGCACCUUCACAAGAGUUCAGCGCUUGACUUGUUGUUUGUCCAUUCUACUCUGUACGAUGGUUUCAAACGCCAUGUAUUAUGAAGUAGGCAAAUACGAAACGCCUAAGAACGCCAUCAACAUUAUGGGCUUUAGUUUCUCCAUUCGCUCAGUAUCAGUCGGAAUCAUAAGCAGUAUUGUCGUCUUUCCUAUAAAUCUCAUCAUUGUUACCUUGUUCCGGAAAGCAAAGCCGAAGGAAAAUCGAUACUCAGUAAAAACAGAGGGAGAAGAAAUAGAUGAUGUUGACAUCGAGAUGGGUGGAGAGAGGAAGAAAAAUGCGCAGAAAAAAGGUCUUCCUCACUGGUUUGUUUACGUGGCGUACGGCAUUGCAUUCCUAGUUGCGGUUACAUCAGGGUCUUUCGUGGUGAUGUACGGAAUGCAGUUUGGUCCUCAAAAAUCAGCAGCGUGGCUUUCUUCCAUGACGAUAAGCUUUUUGCAAGAUGUAUUGUUAAAUCAACCAGUUAAGGUCUUUGCAUUAGCGACACUUUUCGCUCUGCUCAUCAAAGAUCCAAAGAAAGCUGAGGAAGAAUCAUAUGCCGAAGUCAACGCCCUAGCGAACGACGAAGAGUGGCUGCACAAAAACACAGAAGAUCUUGAUGACGAGACGCAAAAGGCUUUGAAGAACCUAAUCAUCGACAAACCACCAGACGAAGCGAAGCUGGAGAUCGCACGCCAGCUGCGCAUGAAAGAAAAGCAGAUGAAGUCAAUUAUCCAGGAAAUUGUCUGGUACCUAAUCUUCUUGCUGGUUCUACUAACCAUUAGCUACGGAAACAGGGACCUAAAAACAUCGCAGGUGACUCGAUACAUGCAGAACAUCUUCGAAAAAGCAAGUUACAGCGGAAAUGUUACAUAUGACAAGGUACAUGAUAUUACACAGUACUGGCAAUGGUUGAAUGAGACUUUCAUCCCAUCCUUGAAUCCAGAAUUCUUCUACAAUAAUUUAACUCAGUAUGAAGAUGGUUACCUGGCUGACACACCCAACGCCUGGCUGUUGGGCGUGGCGCGACUCAGGCAGCUGAGGAUCAAGAAAGACACCUGCACAUAUAAAAAAGCCUUUCAACCUUUCAUUAGCGAGUGCAAUGAUUUCUACAGCAUGGAGUUGGAGGAUCAAGGCUCAUAUUUACCUGGAUGGAAGGGAAAACCGCUUAUACCACAAAAUUCAUCAUUGCCUACUCCUAUUCCCUCUCAAAGUCAAGAGCCCCCAGUUCCAGGUCCAUGGGUCUACCAAAGCGGAACGGAGUUGGAGACUUUCCCAUACUGGGGUUACAAAGCUACAUAUAGCGCUGGAGGAUACGUGCAAAUAUUGCCCACGGAUAUAAACGAGUCUCUAACGAUAACAGGAAAGCUGAGUUUAAGCAAAUGGUUGGACCGUUACACGAGAGCUAUUUUCUCGGAGUUUGCUAUUUACAACGCGAACACUAACCUGUUCUGUGUUGUCACGCUGUUGUUUGAACAACUGCCCACCGGAAGUUUGACUCCGUAUCCCAGCAUUCUGACAUUGCGUCUCUUCCGUUAUGUUGGAGGCGAAAUGUUCUUUGUGUUGACGUGCGAAAUUGUGUACCUUUUGUUCUGCACAUUCUUUGUGGUCAAAGAGAUAAAGAUGUUUGUGAAGAAGGGUAGGGAACACCUCAAAAAUCCAUGGAGCAUUCUGGAAAUCCUUGUGACUCUACUGUCGCUGUCGGCAGUGGGACUGUACUUCGCAAGGCAUAAAUUCACCAAUGAUGCGAUAAGGGACAUGAACACUGACCGGGCUGGUUUUAUCAGUUUCCAUUACACAGCUUUCCUAGAUGAGUGGCUCAAGUGUAUCAUGGGUCUCAUUGUGUUCUUCUCGUUCUUAAAAGUGUUCCGUCUGUUGCGAUUCAACCGUCGCAUAUCACUGCUGCAGCAAGUCCUCAAAAGGGCAUUCUUCGAACUGUUAUCAUUCAUGUUUAUGUUUGCACUUGCGUUUCUAGCCUUUGCUCUCCUUGCAUGCCUAGUAUUUGGGCAGGCAAUGGAAGGGUUUGGGACAUUUUUAAGAAGCUGUGCCUCUUUGAUGGACACAAUACUCGGCAAGUUCACUUUAAAGGAACUGUCAACAGCCAAUCGGAUUCUUGGACCGAUUUUCUUCUAUUCAUACACGGUGACCAUGGUGUUUGUGCUCAUUAACAUGUUCCUUUCCAUCAUCAACGAUACAUUUGCCGAAGUUCGCAGCGAUGUGGAUAAACAAUCCAAUGAAUACGAGAUAGUGGACUUCAUGAUUCAUCGACUGAAAGAAAAUAUCGGCAAGUCCAUCGGUCAUGCCAUACACCCAGUGUACAAGGAACCCAAGAUUGAACUGGAACUCAACUUUGAUAGAAUCGCCGAUGACGCGGAUAAUGCCAUGCAUUUCAUGAGAAACAUCGCAUUUGAAGAUAUGAGGAAGACACGAUGGUUCCAGAACGAAAACUGCACUGAAAAGAAGAAAAACCUGAUGAGGCUGUUAAUGGAAGUGGAUUGGGAUUAUUACGAGGAAGAACUUUGUGAUUCCAUUCCAGUUUUCGAGAAGUUCCUUAAUCAGUACAGCGACGAGGAAGUGGAUAGCGUCCUGCAGUAUUAUCAACAAAAGCGGAUGGUAGAGGACCUGGUCUUUGAUCAAGUCAACGGUUCUGGUGAGGAAGAUGACUCUGAUGAAACUAACAGUGAUAGCGAUGACAGUAACGAUGACAGUGAUGAAAUUUUGAGUGACGACGAAAACUUGAGUAAUGACGAGAAGGUAUCGGAAGUGGAAGACGAUCUCGACAAUGAAAUGAAUAUGCCGGCGCAAGAAAUCGAUGUAAGGCUUGACAGCUCUGGUAGCCAUCAUGGACGCGUAACGGUUAAUCUUGGCACUGAAAUGGAACCAAACAGAAUUCGAAGUCCUUCUUUCUUGAUCACUGAUGCAGAACCAACAGCUACAAAAAUCUUGAAGCAAAACACUCCAGAUGUUGACCUAAGAAGCAUCCACAGUAACCCCCAGGCGGAAGUGACCGAAAACGAACUUGUUCAAAUAUUACAGGAUGUGCGCAGAGAUGCGGAGAGUCGUUGCGCCACAGAUGCUGAGAUAGACAGCAUUUUUGGAGACUCCUUGUCUGCUCAUGGAGUACAACUGCUCAAGUUCGACAGUGAACCUGAAGAUACAGGCAGCAAGAAAAAGAAUGUUAAGAAGCGACGGAAAAAGAAAGAAGAAAAAGGGAUGCCGAAAGAGAAAACUACAAAAGAUGCUUGGGUUGUAACAACUGACGAAAAAGCAGAAGAGAAUACAUUGACCUGUGAACCUCAAGAACAUAAAGUGGAGAAAAGAAAGGAAAAGAAAGAAAAGAAAAAAGAGAAAAUGGAAGGAUUAGAGAGGCCAUUAACUGCUCCAUGGACAGGGGAUGAAGCGGAUGAAGAAUUGAUGAAACCCAAAAAGAAAGGAGGUAAAAAAGGUGCAGCUGUAAAUGAAGGUGAAGAAGAGACGGCUGAACCGAAAAUCAAGAAAAAGAAGGCCAAGAAAUCUGCAGUUGAGGAUACAACGGGAGGUAACAUCGAGGAAGAAACAAUCGAAGACAAAAGAAAGAAGGAUAAGAAGAAAAAGAAAAAGCAGGAAGAGGCAGAUGAUGCAGCUCAGAUAGACCCAGGAAUGGACGAGAAACUCCAAAAUAAAACUAAGAAGAAAAAGAAACAAAGAGUGAACCAGCUGACUGUUGAUGACGACGAUGGUCGCAGCUCUGCAAAAUCAAACGACACCGAAGAAACGAUAGUCGAAGAAAAACCGCCGAAGAAAAAAACGGGAAAGAAAACGAAGUCAACAACCAAGGAGAUUGUAUCGCAAGAAGAGAGCGAGUGUUAGAUCAAAAACACUUGAACUAUACUUCGACAGAAGUUAACUGUUAAUCUACCACAGUAAAUUUAAGAAAAGUACAGGCAUAAUGUAAUAGGUGAAGUCUUCCCUACGAUAAGUCUAGUUUGACCUUGUACAAAAUUAUAUUAGAGAAAAAUACGAUUUUCAUUUCUUCGCGUAAUUCUAAUCGAGGACAAGAUGCGUAUCGAAGCUAAUGUGUACAUCUAAACACCUGCGUGCGGGGUGGUUCUUAAGUUAAAAUUAAACAAACCAUGAAAGCUUCUUGUAAUACAACGCGGCUAGGCUUUAAACAUGUUUUCGUUCAGACAGCAAGUUUUUCGUUUUAAUGAUUUAGACAAAACUCGAGAAACUCAGGGGCUAUGCAUAAUGCAACCAUUGUGCCACAAAAAAAAAAAAGUGGGCUCAGAAACACACCACUUUGCCUCAAUACCAACGCUUUGCUGUCAUCCUACGGAGAGCACGAUCGUGAAAAGCUUUUCCUCAGGAGUACAUUAUACCUCUUGCUGAGUUUAUAUCUCCAGUUAGCCUUCAAAUCAACCCCCAACGAAACAGACAGUCGACCUCUAUUCAUUUAUCAAAACAUCUUCGCUUGAAACCCCUUGAGAGACUUCGACAGGAAAAGGUGAGGUAAAAAUUUAGAAAUUUGCACUGAGAAAAAGAGUUGCUAUGUUUCUUUAUAGAUGAGACACCGCUGAACCAACUUACAACUUCUACUAUUUCGCUUGUAAUUUUCGUAGCAUGAAAUGAUGAGAAAGACUGUAAGUAGGAAUUUGUGGUAGAUUAAAAUAAGUUUUAACGCCA